UUCAUCAGAAUUUAAGCUAUAUAGGCUAUUUAUAUAUUUAGCCUUGACUAAAAAAACAGAUAGGCCUAUGCAACCAAUCAAUCGCCCUGUCCGCAGCUGCCAUUCAUGAUCAGCUGCUGUGAAUGAGAACGGGUCCUCUCCUCCAUCUCACAUCAUCAUCACCAUCACCAUCAUCGGUGCUGGUCACGUGGUGCGUCGGGAGCGGGCUGUGGGUGUGUCUAAUAGCGUGUGGUUUCAUUCAUAACUACAGUCUUUAUGUGAAGCCCAAAUUAAAGUAUGCAGACUGGGCAGGCUGCCUGCGAAGCGCUGCUUCAAACGGAGUCUACAGCCGGGCUGAGCAGACGACGCAGGGAUGAUGUGGGACAGCCCUGAUCCGCGGGUUUUCGGAUGAGAGAGGAAGAUGCUGCUGCUGCUGAGGCUGCUGCUGCUGAGCGCCGCCGGCUGCAGCGGGUCGCUGUAGUCAGCCUGCACAGAGCGGAGGGGAGCUGCUGCAACACCGCCCGUAUAGACCGGUUCACGAACGCUGACCUGGACCAUGAGCAAUGAUUUGCCUGUUCUGACAAGUCUGACCGAGAACUCCACUGAUGUGCCUGUGUCGGCGGGCCGGGUGGAGAACUAUGUGCUGCUGUUGGUGCUGCUGAGUGUUUUUGCAGGGGGGACGCUGGUCCUGCUCUCCCUGCUGCUCCUCUUCUGUCACCGCUGCUGCAUGGGUGGACGACGCUACUCCAGAGCCAGCGAUGACCUUGAGAAGACAAACACCACCUAUGCUGAGGAUUCUCAGCCCACCCAAGAGAUCACCAUUCAUCUGGAUGAAUCAGACGCUCUCUCAGCUUCGAGCUGUCAUGAUGGAGAGUCAGAGCGAUUUCUCUCCACUGGGGCCACUGGCCGCAGAGUCUCCUUCAAUGAAUCUGCACUUUAUGAACAGAAGACGACACAGGACAAGGGACGCAGGUACACUCUGACUGAGGGAGACUUCCACCACCUGAAAAAGGCCCGGCUGACCCACCUUCACCUGCCUCCGGCCCAGUGUGACCUGAAGAUCCUCACCAUCAUGGAGUGUGACUCAACAGAGAGCAGCACCAUCAACAUCUGUGAGACUGCAGCUCCCACACUGCCCCUCAGCAUCUACCAGCCCACUGAAAGGAGAGUGCCUGACUGGAUGGGACAGAGCACCAGUGGAGGUCUACCAGGAGACCCGCACCACUCCACCAUAUUGGACCAUGGGCCCAGACGGACCUCAUCAGCCAUGAAAGCACAGCACACACGGUCCCAGACAAUGGAGACUGUCAGGGACAGGGGAAAUGCUGAGAGCGAAAGGGGGAUGAGAGGAGAGCUGACUCAAGCUCCAGGCCAGACUUCAGUUUUACAUUUCUUCUCUAAACUGCGGCGCCAUGCCAGUCUGGAGGGGGCAGGGCCUUACUUCAGGAGGUGGAAGUUUGACAGCAGUCACCGUGCUGCCAGCCUGGAUGCCAAAGGAUCCCCGAAGAGGAGGCCCUUCCAGAGACAGAGAGCAGCAAGUGAAACCACUGAUCACACUGAAUAUGACUCUUCUCCUCUCCGAGAUGAGGUCAUUGAAUCCUUCCCACACACUCCCAUCCAGACCAGUGGCCUCCAGUCCCUCUCUGCAGAGACUCUCUCUCACCCCGCCACUGCACCCACGCCCUCAGUCUUCCUCAGCAGGUUAAAACUGGAGGCCAUGGUGGAGGUAGGCGGUGGCAGCAGCAGUCCCAGAAGAGAGGAUCUCUGUUCGCCAACAAAUAAUUGUUGCGCCCUGGCGCGUGAGGAGGCCACAGCCAAUGGAACAGGAGUAGAAAAAGAAACAAAGUUCGGCGCAGUUACAAGAACAGAUGCAGCAGGAGUUGAGCUAGAAUCAGUAGACGAUGAAAAUUUGUUUGGAGCUCAACAAGAAGCUGCCAUACAGGAAGGUUUUGAAGACAUGUUAAGGAAAUCUAAAGACACAAAGACAGACAGCAUGACAUCAGAUGUGAGAAAAAAGAGUGAGGAAGAGGUAGAUGACGGGGAUGAGGUGGUAUUGGGAGCUGAGGCCAGGCAAAGGGCCGACUCAGGCUCAUCUUUUUCCUUCAUAAUUCGCCAGGAGACCUCAGAGGCUCCUCCCUCCCUGUACAGAGACAUAUGGAGCUUACGAGCCUCUCUGGAGCAAUACGCCUCCUCAGACCAUAGCAGCACAGAUCGGGAGUCCAUCCGUAGCGAUGCGGACAGCGUCUCAUCCCUCAGCGGUGCAGGAGUGCGCUCUGGCUUGGAUAGCUGCUUGUCCCAAGACCUGGACGAUGAGCCUGAAGGAGACGGGGAGGGAGAGGCGCCGGAGGGAGGGAUCAGAGGGGCAACAGGUGGUUACAGUGAGAUGGGAAGUGGAGCUGGAGGAGAGGGUGAGGCAGGGAACCGUAAGCUCCUACAGAUGGACAGUGGGUACGCCUCCAUUGAAGCACCAUCCAGGGCGCCUGAGGAAAUGCGGCUUUUUGGGACCCCUGGAGCUCCUCGAGGGAAGACAGCAUCUGAGAGAAGGUUGUUCUUCACCAGCUCUGGGAGGAAAGGUUCAGUGUGUGAGAGCAUCGAGGCCAAGCUGUUUCAGGAGGAGCUGGAGGAAGAGAUGGCAGACUGCACAGAGACGGUCAAACUAAAAGAGAGACCUCAAACUGGCAGCCAGUCUCUUACCCUUCAAGAACCAUAUCAACUUUUGAAAGCCCUUCAUCCUCAGAAACCUCCAGAAUCACAAUCACAGCUGAUGUCUCCGCUCAUGAAGACAAUACCACAGCCCUCCAGUUCCCACCAACCUCGUCUCCGCCGUCGUGACUACAGCAUAGACGAGAAGACGGACGCUCUUUUCAAUGAGUUUCUCCGUCACGAUCCACGGUUUGACCAGCAGGAUUCUCCACAGCGCUCCAGGCAUCGAUCCAGAGUUCACCUACGGAAACAGUGGCAAAGACACAAGCAAUACAGCGACCCAGGGUCAGGCGCUGGGGGUAGGUACUCUCCAUCUUUGGAGAGGCAGAGGUUCACUCCGCUGCGAAGAGGUGACAGCGCCGGUUACCCUCUGGACACCAGGUAUCACAGCACACUCUCACGUAUUGCGAGUGCUGCCGAUGAAGAAGCCAGUGAGGUUGCAGCUUGCGAGGAAGUGGCCAAAGAGAGCACAGAGAACAAAGAUCCAUCAAGUGAAGGCGCUACAGGCGCCGCCACAGAAAGUACAGACAAAGCAACCCCUGAGGCAACAAAGAGUUGUGCAGGGUCGAAUGGUGACGGUGAUGGCUGCCAAGUCUCCACAAAAAAGGACACAGAAAGCACAACUAGUCAGUCUUUGACCACUGUGACUGCAGAGAAGACCUACAUGGAUCCACGAGUCGACAACAGAAACAACAACAGUAGUCAAGCUAUUCUAUCAGAGGUUUCCCUGCAGGAAGAGAGCAGCCUGAAAGACAAGCUGGUCACAUCAGUGGAAGAGAGGCUCUACGGCGGCCUGCGCAAUGCAGAGAAGCUCGGCCACGAAGGAACAGAGCAUGUGCUUACAGUGUCUCACACAGCCUCACCUGGCUUCAGUCCCAUAUAACCUGUUAACAACUCCAUUCUCUUUAUUAACUUUAUCGCAAAUCCAUUGUCUAUAGACAACAGACUUUAAUAAAAUAGUCUAUAGCCCUUCAAACAUCAUCAUGUGUUAGAUACUUGGCCAAUCUGUGUCCCUUACAUUUGGACCUCUUCAAAAUAAACCUCGUUUGAUAACCGAUGCAUCAAACCACAGAUAUAUUCUAAAGGACAGAAGUACCCUCUUGAUGCCCAGUCUUUACAUUCAGACCUUAAUUUCCACUGUGACACCAUGUGACAUGUGAUGCCCCCCUUCUUUUUUUUUUUUUUUUAUUGGUAACCGUUCUUAAAAUCAAACGCAGUCAUUACAUAGCUUUGAAAAUAUAGACCCGUCUUUAGAAAAAUUCAAUAUUUUCAGAGUUAACUGUGAUGUUUCAGCAUGCUACUGUAUGUCCAAUUAAUGUGCUUGUGAAUACUGUACAGAUUUAACUUUAAAACAAAAAGCACUUUGAUGAGAAGAAAGAUGAUGGAGUUUCUGUCACCCAUUUCUCUCAUUUUAAAACCAUAUCCUCAAGUGUCCUUCUUGUCUCUUUCACCAUGAGGGCAAAUGUUUCCAUGAAAGCUUGUGGUUUUUAUAUUUGGCAAUAGGAAUAGCAACACUAUGUUUUAAAAAAAAAUCUCAUUGACAUCAUAUCAGCAUAGCUUUAGAAUACACAUACUAUAUCAUAAUGGUUAAAACAGAUGGGACACAAUACAGCCAACAUAGUUGUCAAAAAUGCGUGCAUCAAGAAUUUUUAUACUCAUAUUUCACCUAUUUUUAUAGGAUUUAUGUUAGUCAUUUGUCCCUGUUAUUCAUCAUAAUUAAGGAGGCGGUAUCCAGGAGCUUCCGUGGGCUCGAAUGUAGUGGAGUGUUGUAUCACUGCUGGGACUCUGCUGAGGGGGAGACUGACAGAUGAUACUUAAAGUGACUGACACAGGAGCCUCGCAGGCUUUUAGACAGAUGGUCCAGUGACAGAGAAUUGAGGCUGUGAAAAGUGGAGGUGGAAGCUGAAUAGCAGUGGCAUAGUCUGCUCCCAUUAUCCCACCAGAAGGGGCUAUAGGCUACUCGCUCUGUAUUACUAAAGAAAAGAUAUGUCUGGUGAUAUUCUACAUUUUUCUUUGUCAUGAAAAGAGCAUUAAGGAAAA